UUUACCAUAAUAAUAAUUUAACCUUUCAAGAGGUCAGAGUUCACAUUUGUAAGCGAGAGUGCUUUCCGCCUCUGAAUGCUGCUUCGCGUUGUUGUAUUGACGCGUACUUGAAAAGCCAGGAGGAAGGGAACGAGCUUGGACGGAAAGUUUUGGAACGUACACGUAAUGUUUUGUAGAGUUUAGUCAGUAUUUUUUUAGACAUCAGAUUCUGUGACUAUAAUCAAAAUGCCGACCCCAGUUCCAUUAACUCAGCUGGUUGAUCUUGCUUUAGGAUCACCAGAGGUUGGCGCUGUAAACUUCAAUGUCUUGCACACGUUGCUCCAUGCUAUGAUUUCUAAGUUGAAUAUUCAAGACGUGAAAGCGGACAUCGAAGAACACGACAGGGAAUUAUUGUCGACCCAUGCAGGCCCAAGAUCUUUCUCAGCUUUCAGUGCUGACAGUGGGAAAGGAGAUGAUUCCAUUUUAUCAGAGGACAACCUCAGUGAAAAAUCAGGUUAUUCAGCACCAAAGCGGAGUCCAUACCAUCGGCUGGAAAAACAAGUGUCGGAGCUUACUAAACAAAUGGAAGAGCUGAAUAAACUACCGUCAAACGAACAUCUUCUGCAACGUACGCAAGAAGGAAAGGAAUCGGACAGGCCCAUAACUGACAUGUGGCAGUACAUGCAAUUGAAGAAAAGAGUUGAUGCCAACGAAGAAGGAGUUGGAAAGCUCAUGUCCCUGUUUGAAGACUUGAUGAAGGAAAUGAAAGACUUGAAGAAUGCACAAAAAGACAUUAUGGAUAAACUGAAUGGUAUAAAUCUGGAUGAAAUCAACAAAAGACUAAAUGAUAUGGAUGCCUUAUUUAAAGAACUAAAUGACAAAUACAAUGACUUCAAUGACAAGAUCUCCAACAUGCCUGGUUUUGAUGACCUUGAGCAGUAUGUGUCACAGUUUGUAACAUGGCCUGGUCUAGAGGAUGCGCUGAAAGGAAUUCGACAAGACUUUGAGAAUCUACAACCAAUCACAGAGGAGAGAGUUGUUAUUGAACUUGCCACCCAAACAGAAACGCCGCCUGUAAGUCGGCCCACAUCAGGGCGACCGAUCUCCAGGGCUUCCUCUGCCCGAAGUCGUAUGAGCAGCGCUGGUCCCAGCUCGGAGCUAUUAGAUGUCCUUGAAAAACUCGGACAGCUGGCUGAUGCACAUGCGAAACUGACUUUGAGGGUGGAUGAACUGGAGAGACUUUUAGAGCUGAAGGCAAACAAAGCUGACCUUGAGGGUCUUGGAAUAUCAGAUGACCUGCUUACAACAUUGAAAAAUUUGCAAGAGGAACUGCAAGCUGUUCGGGAUGGACAGUUGAAGGAUGAGGCUGCAUUAAAGCGACUGCAAGAAGCUCUGCAAAAGUUGCAGUCUGACAUUGACAAGCUGCGAGAAUCAAUGGAAACUGUGAUAGAGGAAAAUGCCCAGAGGGUUAAAGAAAUUCAGGAUCUGCUGAACUACUGCGACAGUCUGAAUGAAAAGAAGGCUGACAAGGAGUAUGUUGACAUUGAAGUAGAUGUGAAAGCUGACAGGCGACAACUGGAGGGUAAAGUCAAUCACAGUUUGUUUGACAGUACCACAAAUGAACUGAACAAAAUGAUCAAGGAUAUACUGGAUAAACUGAACGGACAGGAAGGAGACUGGAAGUCUGCACUUGCAAAGGCCAUGGAAGAGUUGGAUGGUAAGCUGGACCGGCGAGAGCUGAGCAACUUGAAGGACUGGCUUGAGAAGCAGCUUAAGAUGAUGAACAGCAAGAUCAAGUCUAUGGGACCAGGUUGGAACUUGGAAGAUGAAGCAGCAGGCAUGAAGAGGCAGCUCAUUCAAAGAUUCCACUGCCUGUCCUGUGACAAGCCAGUUGACGUUAUGCCUCAUGGCCCAAUUCCCUCGAUACCAGCAAACUAUGGGCUUCCAAAGUCAAAAUCACCGAGACCCUACACAACAUUUGAACUGGAUCAGAUCAGACAGCAUGCCAGGAGAAGAGAUGGGGCUUUUUUGCCGUACAUUACUGAAGCAGGAUUGCUGAAUAAACAAAGUCGGGAAAAAUCUUUUCUAGAGGAAAAGGAUCUUGGUAUGAAUCCAGAGGCCACAGAUUACUAUGCAACCAUUCGCCAGUGUGGAGGCAGCCAUACCCUAACACACCCACACAAGCGAACAACCAAGUUGAACAAUCUGGGACAAUUGUUCAGAGAAGAGGAGACAAUAAUGCCUAUCUACAAGGAAGAAGUAGAUGUGCAGGGAGCUGAUGGCCACAUUUACAAGGGCAGGAUGGAGUCAGCCAGGCUGGAGGCUAAGCUGCCCUCAAAUCUGACGGGACAACAAUCGCCACAGCCAGUAUACAUGGAGAAACGAACCUACAGCCCUCAGCCACCCCAAAGGCCUAUGUCUGGUAGAGUACCCAGAGGUUCAUCUGGACGGCCAGACUCAUCACGGUCAGCACAUAGGAUGCAGGUGUCCAUGCCUGGGAGAGUGACUGAAAGUGUUGUUGCACCAGAGAACAGUCAGGUUGGUGGUUCUCGUGCAACUACCCCGCACCAGGAAGACGCCAGUGCUGCAGUGGAGAUAGUGGCAGAUCAGAAUGCUCCAGAAGAGCCAGCCCAACAGCAAGAAGAACAACAAGUUGAGGAAUCAGUCGUUGUUGAUGCACAGAACAGCACAGAGGAUGAUGAUAACCAAUAAAAGAGUGUUUCAUAAUUAUUUUAUUGUAAUUUUUAAAAAACGUUUUUGAGUCUGCAAUAUCCAGUCUAAUGUACAAGUUGCUGAAAAUUUUAGAGUGAAUUAGGCUUCCCACACCAUGCAAAUAAUCUUAUAGUAUCAAAGAUAAAUUUAUGAGAUGGGAACAUCUUUUGUUAACUCCUACUUUAGGAUUUAUACUUUGUAAGGAGUCAAAUUGAGCUUUUUCUCGAACAUUAGUAAACAAAAAUUCGGAUAGCCUUUAUUUUUUAUUUUCACUUGGAAUUUGAAAAUAGAUGAGGAUUUGAACUUGUUUUGUUUUUGUAUUUCAGCUUGUAUCUUUGAUAUAGAUGUAUAUUGUCAUUAUAACUUUCUGGGCGCAAUCAAAUAAGUUCCAGAAAUCUUGCUAGAUUUAAUGGUUUUCCAUCCACUAAAGUUACAAAGAGAAUUCUAUCUUUUAAGGAAAAACUUUGUUUGAUUUAUUUUUUUCAGGGAUUUGGAAUAUAUAUUGGAGAAGUAAAGGGGCGGUGACUUUGUGUUAUAUAUAUACAUGUAACAAAUACUGUACAGUCUAAUCUAAUCAAGACAGAAUCUCGAAGAAAUUUGAAAAAACAAUUUCCACAUCGGACAAAAUGACAUGUUAUAGAGAGUUUAUGUCAGGGGAAAAGUAGGGAGGGAAUGUGGCUUUAUAGGAUCGAAUAAAAACAUACAGGUAUCAGCAAUGUUAUAGUCGCCUGGCAAGGAGCCCAUUGUACUAUCAUUUCACUGUGUGGGUUUUCUCCCUAGAAAUCAAGUUUGAUGGAGCUUACUAAUCAGUGAACAAAGUUGGCCCAAUUACUGACUGUAUUCAGAAUUACUGCAUUAGUUUUUACCAUCUGGAAUGAUCCAGUUUGUUAGUUUCCCACAAACAUUACGACACGUCUCCCCUGAAAUCUAAAAAUGUAUUAAUAUGUUGCUAGUUUUUACUGUCUAUGUGUAGACUAUGUAGCAACAUGCAUGGAAUUUCAGUCUCAAAUUAAAAAUUAGCUUUCGCUGACCCAAAAUCCACAUGCAGGUUCUUGGUGCUAAGAUGUUGAAAAGGGAUAACUCUAAUGGGACAAGCUCAUUUUACAUCUCAACAAGUUAAAGAGAAUUGUUGUCUUGUGUAUGGAAAAGAGCAUAGUUAAUGUCAUUUCCAGCUGUGUGACCUGCCCUGGAUAAUUUCAAAAGUUUUAAACUGCACUCUUCUUUUACUGUCGAGGACUUCUGAGGAAUUGAUGUUCAGCAGAUCAGUUUUUUAAAUGAGAAAUAUUUUAAGAAAUUCUUCUUGUAGCAAAUUUCCUUCAUUUUAUUGGUUAUUAUAGACAUGUUGCACAGAAAAAGUUUGCCUGACAGAUAUCUGCAUUGUGUUGCAAGUGCCGUAAAACUCUUACUAAAAUUAAAAAACUAAAAGAUAUCUGCCUUUAGUUUUGCCUUGACAGGUUGGUCUGUACGCAGAUUUUUAAAAACCUCUCCACCCAAGUUGUGUUGGAUAUUUUUUGUCCGGAAUGAUGAAUUUCUUUGCAAGAGUUUGCGGAGGAGACUAGUGUUUUUACUUCGUUUUUAAGUUUUGGAGCAAAAUAGUGUUAAUUGCAUGUCCUAGAAUCACAACUCCGUCCACAAGUAAACUGUUAUAACUUGCAUUCAUUUUAUGGGAAUGAAUUUUAUUUUCUGCUUACAAGAUGACUUUGAGGGAUUUGCUUCCAUUAUGUUCAUAUCUAUGUCAACAAAUUUUUAUAUAGUCCUUGGGGUUUUUUGUUUGUUUUAUUGUCCUUCACAGUUUUUGUGGGUUACAGGUUUUUUUGUUGUUUGUAAAUAGACCGUCCAAAAGCAAACAAUGAGAUAUAUAUUACUGUUAAUAUCAUCAUUUUGUGUUUGUCUUUACCCCAUGGUUGUUUUUAUGUUAAACUGUAUGAUGAAUACAGCCUAUGAAACCCAGGCUACACAGUCUGUGGGUCACAGAUGCUGACAAUGGCCUAGCACACACAACACACUAAACGUUGUCAUCUGUGGUUGACCAUUGGCCAGAAAAAAAGUUUAAAAAAAAAAAAAAAAGAAACAGUGUCUGACGCAUCAUGUGUGGACAAGAGCAAUACUGGCUUUAUGCUGAACUUUCUAGGUUUGUAACAGCAUAAACUGCCUGGAAAGGUUAAACUUUUUAGAAAUGAUAUACUACAAUCUGCAAUAUCACAGAAGAAGCGUGAUUUUCAAGUCUGUGGCAUAAAAGAAAGUAAUAUUUAUCUACUCAAGGCAUAUUUUACAAUCUUUACAUUUUGUAUGUUUGAGACGUGUGAUGUUCUUAAUGAAGCAUGGACCAGCCUUCCAUGUACUUGUACCUUUUUUUUGUUAGAUCUCUACUUUUUCAAACUAUUCUGUGAUCUAGUUAUAUGAUAUAAAAUAUUGAUGUUUCUGUGAUAUCUUUUGCCAAAUGUAUACUCUCCUUCUGUGAGAAGGUCACUCCAUACAUUGCCUGUCCAUCUAUUCAAGUCUUUACUAUUGUUGCAAUGAACUUAACAGUAUUAAUCUUUUAUGCUUUAAGUAUUUUGUGCCUGCUAUUUAUGUAUUUCUUUGGUCAAAAUUGUUAGGGAAUGUUUGCAAUUUCAUUUGACAUGUAUUUGUGACACUUGCUUGAAAAAAAAGAAGAAAAUUUUAAUCUCCACAAUCUCUUUUUCAAACUUGUGAAUACAACAAUAAAACUCAUUUACAUUUGCAUUGAGUUCAACAAAACCUCAAACAGAACAGUCGGUAUUAAUUCCUCUUUUUAGAACCUUUUUACAUACCUAAGAAAUUAUUGGUGGUACAUAGCUGGUUGAGGCACACACUUCCUAGAACUGUGUUUCCUUGUUUGACCAUAUCAAGCGAACUACUAAAGUUACUGAAAACCUGUACAGAAGGAGAAAGUGUGAGUUGUGUGAGGUAAUACAUUAAAUACGAUGACUUCGUGCUGUGACCAUACAGGCAAAUGGAAAGGGCUGGUUUAUUAGAAAUGGGUGCUUUGUGUGCCGAGGAUCAUUGCAUUUUAAAAUGUGCGAUAAAUAUUCUAAAAAAUAAAGCAUUGUGUGGAAUAUGGACUGAAACAUGAAGGCCAAAACUAUUGUUAUAAUCUUUAAAAGACUCCGCUUUCACUUCAGCGCCUCAGUAUGUCUCUCUUCUGUCUUAACAUUAGCUUGCACGUCUCUUUUACUUCACUUUACUUUUGUUGAGAACCGUGAUUUCAUUUGCAAGGACCCUGUCGUCCUGGUUUUGUGUAUAUAUAUAUAUAUAUGAUAGCAGGUGAGUUCCACUGCAUCACCGUGGGUUUUAGUUUUUUAUUUUGGUAGGUUUGGUAGUGGCUUUUCUAUCAUGAUUACUUGUCUUAUGGUGUUACUAUGUUUUCUUUACACUUUUUAUUUUAUACGUUUAAAUCUUAAUGUAGGCCAAUUUAUUUCUAACUCAUUCAAUCGUACAGAUCCAUUUAGGAAGAACAUGUUAUUUUUCUUGUGUGCAAAGCUUUAGUCAGUUUAACUGUAAACUUGUGUGCAUUUAUUUUGACAUUUCUAUGAAAAAUGGAAACAGUUCUGAAUGGUCAGUCAUUCUUGUUUGUCUUUAUAAGAAAGAGACAUAUAUGGUUAACAAGGAAAAGAUGAAGAGAUGCUUUUGGUUGUUGUUUUUUUGUUUGUUUGUUUGUUUUUUGUAUUUUUGGGUCAUCCAUGUAAAUUUGGUAGAUGUAGGAGUAUUUUUGUUUCAUGCAGGGUGAUGGGAAUAUUAUAUUCAGUUUUUGGAUCUAAGAAUGUAUUAUUAACAACUAUCUGCACAAGCAAUAUUGAAUUAAUUGUGUGUGUUCUUUGUAUUUUCUGUAUAUUUCAUUCACUCAGUACAUUAUAAGGUCAAAUCAUCAGCUUGUAGCCAGAAACUUCUUCGAAUAGUCAACUCUUGUUUGUGACUACAGUCAUUCUCUGUGGAAAUUAAGUAUUACAGGCAGUAAUACAAUGAUCUCAAGAAUUCUAUAUGUUUAAUUCUGCAGAAGCCUGUUGGUUUUUUAAUUCCAUUUCUUUAGAUUAAAUACACUUUUUGGUGACAGGUAGCAUUCUCUCUCCUAAGAUGACGUAAUUAUCUCUGCCUUUCCUGAUGUAGGUAAAUUAACCCUGAGUGCAUUAAUAUAUUAUAUCACAACAAUUAUGAUGCCUUUGUCUUUGUCAAAUUUUCCUGGGAAAUUGACUGACUGGAGUUUGUGAUGUAGCAUCUAUCACGUUGCCUUUGCAUGCAGAAAACCUGGGUUCGAUUCCCAUGAAGGGAGAAUUUUUAUCCAGUAACCCUGUCUUUCUGCUUAAAUAUUGUAUUCCUGUCAACUUAGGUUUGGCCCUGGCAGGCAGUGUUAAAGCAGCCUGCCUCCUAAAUGAUCCAAACAGUGUCAGUGGGAACGUCAAAUCCUUUUUUUGUUUUUUUUUGGCAAGGAAACUGGAGAAAAUCAAAAUUCCUGGUAAAGAAAUGUGUUUAGUUUUCAAAAGUGAUAGCUUUAAGUUUGCUUCAUGUCAUGGGGUAAUUUUGUACGUCUUACUUGAAAUAAGGGGAUUGCAGUCAGUGAUUUAGAAAGACUACUAUUGUUUGAGGUAAUUAUUGUUGUUUUGUUUUGGAAACUAAAAGGUUUUGAUGAUUUUCUUAUGGUCGUCAUCCAAUUAUUAUAAGACAACUAGAGUUGCCUGGAUGAGCUGCUAUUGGCAGCACAUUAAAGUUAUGAGAGGUUGAUUGUAAAAGUCUGUGAGUGGUUUGUUGUGCUAGCUCUACAUUGUUCGUCUUCAUAUUUUGGGGAUAGAUCAGGAAUUCAGCUUUCUUUCAGCCAAUAUUAGUACAAAACUUGCCGACUGGCAGAUUUUCUGUUUAUUACUUCAGAAUCAGGGGAUGCAAUGCAGUUGAAACUUUAAUGAACUUUUUUUAAAAUACUUGUGAAAAUCUACAAUACCUCGGCCUGGAAGCAAUCCCAAUGAAACACAGACACAUUGAUAUAUAUUGCAUUUCACGAUCUAGCAUAAUACUAAUACCAUAUUUUUUUAUUCAGUGGAACAGUUACAUUGAUUUUGAAUUUGACAAAAUAAAUGGUUAACAAGUGCAAACCGAUUGUCACUACUGUCAAGGAUAAAAUAAAUAACAACCGUACUGAAAUGGAAAUGUUGUUUUCUUAACAUAGUUGCAUUUUUUUUCCCUGUUUAUUUUGUCAAAUGUUAUUUUAUGAAUGAGUUUUUAAUACAUCAUGUAUUGUAUUUUAGGAAAUUAUUGACCCUGUUCUAGGAAUUCAGGGCACGGGUCAGGACAUUUCGUGGUAAAGGGGUAAGAUAUAUAUCUAAAUCCAAUAGCUAAUAAAGUACAUCUUUUUAGAUAGUCUCCCAGCAAGCAAUGAUCGAUUAUAUCUUUCUAUUCAAAAUUUUGGCAAGUUUCUCUUUUCUUUGUAUUUUCCAGAUUAGUGUUGUGAUGCACCACAUAUUAACAUUUAUAUAUUUAUUAUAUGAGUCCAUUACUAUUAUUAAAUUUUUGUGAUUUUGAUUGCUGGUUUGACAAUACUAUUGUCAAUGUAUGUCUUGCAAUGAAAUUUUGCUUAUUUUUCAGCAUAAAUCAUAUUGAAAUCUUAAUUUGUACACAAACAUGGAUGAAUUUGUUAAACAUGGUAAGGGAAUUAAAAUUCAUGGCUCAUGUUAUGAAUGUUAUAGCAAUGCCAUGUAGUAAUAAAAUCAUUCAACUACAAU